UGAAAAUAUACGAACGACUUAACAAACUAAACAAAAUGGAGUCGAAGUCGAAGAAAUCAAAUUCUGAUGACGAUAAACCACUUAAGCUGUUGAGAGGAGCUACAGAUUUGCAGAGAUUAAAGCUCGAGAAAUUAAUGAGAAAUCCGAAUAAAGAUGCCUUUAUACCAGAAAAGUCUAAAGAGAAAGAACCCAGAGCACCUCAUGAAUUUAUCAGGAAUGUUUGGGGGUCCAGUGCAGGGGCCGGAAGUGGGGACUUUCAUGUGUACCGUGGUGUCCGGCGAAGAGAAUAUGCUAGACAGAAGUUCAUCGAUGAAAAGGCAGAGAGGACUAAUAAAGAAAAAGAAUAUCAGAAAAAAGUAGAGGAAAAUCAGAAAGCAGCAGAGGAAAGGACAGCAAAAAAGAGGGCAAAAAGGAACAAAAAGAAACAGAAACAGAAAGCUAAAAAGAGUAAACCGACCGAGGAUAAACAGCAAAACAAAAGUGAUGAAGAUGUUGAGGAGAGCGAGGAAGAAGAAGAUGAUAUAAAUGAGGAAGAUGAUAGCAGGGACAGUGGGAGAGACAGUCGGUGACCCAUGUUCAGCUCAAUUGAUCUUAGACAUCGUGUUCAUGAGGACGCUAGGUACCUGAAAGACGUUCAGCUAGCUAGACAUCAGCAUUAUCGAAAUCUGAAUAAGGUUCAAGACUUGGUAUGUUGAGAACAAGAGGAUUGCAUUGUCUACAAACAAUCUUUAUGUGGUUUUAUGUAUUUCAACAUGUACAUGUCAAUACCAAGUGAUAUGCAUUUUACAAGUUCCAAAUUAUCUGAAUAAUUUGUGGCAAAUUCUGUGUUAGUGCACUGUGUGUAAUAUUAAGUUUGGAUGAUCCUACAAUGUUUACAAGCUGUUUUGAAAUACAAGUUUCAUCUUAUAUGGAAAAAAUAGGCAUACUACUUAUUUUAAAAUCAAAGACCUGAAAGUAUUGAAGGCAUUCUAUUUUGUCAAAAUACAGUGAAGAAACAAUGUCUCCUCUGAUUAAUCAGUAGCCGAUUUAUCAAAGUAUGGUUAUAUAUUGGAAAAGAAAAUAUUAUUAAAUAGUGAUCCCUCAUAUUUUCUGACAAUACAAUUUUUUAUUUAAUUUUGCAUACCUGAUGUUUUUGGAGAAUCGUGCAGGUCUUGCAUAUUUUAUUAUAAUAAAAGUUUUCAUAUGGUAAGGAUCAGAGUUUGUUGUAUUGAAUAUUGUUUGUAUAUGUGUAGCUGCAAAUACACGUGUGUGUACAUGUAUGUCAACAUGUGUGUAUAUCUACAGUAAUAUUUUUUUUUUUUUUUUUUUUUUUUUAAAAAGGUCUUCAUCUUUGAAUUGCAUUGUUAAACAUCCUAUCAUAAGGUUAAUGUCAGUGAUGUAAUUUGAUAUGUUGAUACUACUAUUUCAUGAAAAUAAAAAUCUGGUACAUUUGUUACAGUAGAAAAGUAGAAA